UGAUUUUGAACAAAAUGGCUUGUCGAUUGGGGAAUUGUUGAAUGAAAACAAUAGCCUUUUCCCCUGGGUUUUGCGUCUUUGUUGCUCCACAUUCUAUUAAUAAAAACCUCUCAAAUGAUUACUAGGUAUGUAUAUUCACUUAUUUGUUGCUGGGCGCGAGCCGAUUGCAUUUAUUUGCCUUGCAAAACAGGCUAGAUUUCGUACAAUUUUUCGAUGCGGCGUCUGCCCUAAUGGAAUAUAAAUAGUUCGGGGCUCUUGGUAAAACGUCUAUGAAAGACAAAAGAUCCUUCUUCUAUCGCUGUUUUAAAUUUAAAAAUCCCUCCAUUUUAAUAUUCUUGCGUUUUAGUGGAUUAAUUUAUAUGAAACCAGCAAGAUAUGGGCUUUAAAUGUUAGGAUUUUAAACAAAAAUAUUUCGUGUCGUAAUUUGGUGUGCGAAUCCAAAGGUCAAAUUAAAACAUAAAAGCAGCGUGUUUUUUAAAACCGGACUGAAAAUUAAAUUUAACUUAAUCUUAUAUUAAUCUUGUAGAGGCAAUAAAGCACAAAUUUUGCCCGAGAAAUAUAAAAAUACAUUACUUUUGUGAAGCCAAAUGAAUUUGCAAAAAUGUAAACAAACAGAGAGUUCAUUAUAUUUCAUAAUUUUCGAUUCAAUUUUGAAACAUUCCUUACAUAACAUAUUAUUAAAUUCAUGAAUGUAAAUACGUCCUUUGUGUUUUAUAUUUAAUAUAUUUUAGUUGAGUGUUGUUUUAUUUUGGAUAUUUUACUAGUAAGUGGAAUUUGCUUGUUUGGAAAUCCAAAAAAAUGUUUGCCACAAAGUUUAUACUUCGUCUUUUGCCAGACAAUUUUACUGGUCAAGGGGAAGUAGACACCCUUUUGGAAAGCACGCCAUUUUGGCUAUAGAGUCUUGUUUUUAUGCAACAUUAGUUACAGCUCGACGUCUCAAUCACAAAGAUGAAGCUCUACAUAGCCAAGGUUAUGUACUUUCUGAAAAAUAGUCAGUUAUUCAAAUCCAGUUGGGCACAGCUCUAAAUUCCUCUAUGCAGGAAACGAAACUGGAUGAAUGUGUGUCCAUUUCUGAAAUUUACCAUUCUACUACUUGCAAACUUUUAACACUUACUAGGAAUGUAACAUAGAAGGCACAGCAGAGUUUUUGUAAUGUUACAACAAGAAGCUGCUAGUCAUUCCUUGGUCAAAGUCGAGCCACCGAAUGGAGCCAUGGAUACCUCAACACCAAUAUCUCAAAAGUUUGUUGCCAUGACGACACCAACAACCAAUAUGACUGUGCCGGAACCCAUGGACCAAGAUGUACCAGUGACCAUUUCGGCAUUGCAGGCAUGUCAAGUGCAGGGUGUACAACAACCUGUAGUCCCGCAGACAGUGACGUCACAGAUGUUUGCAGGUCGUGCUGUGUCUAUCUCUUCUUUGCAAAACCCUGGUAAUCCUAAAAAAAUAUUCCUGGAUAUAUUAUUAUUGUAUGAUUGAGAGAUGUUAAUUAAAGAUGAUUUUCACUCCAUUUUGCGCACCAGUUCUGCUCAUAACAAAGGGGGCCCCAGAUAUAAACAUUGCCCAAAUUUUGCAUCUUUCCAACUUUUUUGAAUUGAAACAUAGAGUUUAUAUUCAUUUACAAGCAUAGCAAACCAGAAAAGUGUUCGAUAUUCAGUUAGUAUAUCAUAUUUUACAAAUAUAGCAGUUUAAAAUGUAAACAAAGUUCGCGCAUGCACACAGGAGUGGACAUUGUCUUUAAAAUUUGAGAUGGGUACGUCAAUUGUUGAGUUUAUGUAAGAAAUAUUGACACUGCAGAGGGUUCGUAUGCCUCCCGGAAAACCAUGGAUUUUUAUUUUAGUCCUGAAAAACCCUUGAAAACCCUGGAAUUUCAAAUUUAUCCCUGGAAAACUGAGCUCUUGCAUAAUGCAAGAAAUGUUUGUUCAAUCUUUCUUUUUAAGAUAGUGUUAAUUAGUUUAGGCCCAAGAAAUGCUGUGACUAUUUGUAAUUUAUAAAUAGUCACAGCAUUUCUUGGGCAUAUCACACAACCGCAUGACGUUUCGUUCGAACUGGUACAAACCCAAAAAAUACAUGUCCAAGAUGAAGUACUAGCAAUCGCGAAUGUUUGUUAUCAGUUAAACAAUUACAUUUUUAUUUCAAUUUCCCCUGGAAAACCCCUGAAAAAAGGAUGAAAACCAAUGCCCCUGGAAAACCCUGGAUUUUUUAAAUUAUGAAUGUGUAUGAACUCUGAGUUCAAUAUAACUGACAAGAUUACCACAUAUAAUAAAAAGAAUGAACAUUAUUUUCUCACUCUGAUAAAUACCAGGUGGCCAUCAUCUGCAGCAUGAUGGCACUUCAAGAUGAUUGUGUAUAACUGUCUAGUUUCCCAAUAGAUAAUUCCCAUUAUAGACUAAUUUUAAAAUUAGGCAAGGAAACUCAAAUAAAUCACCACAGCUAGAAAGAGCAUACUAAAAUUAGUAAAAUUACAAAGUUUGGUUGCGAAUUGUUGUGAAAUGAGGAAAAUAUAGCCUUGCAAAGUUCGCAAAUUUUGUAUACUUUUGUAUUGCUUCCGGAAAUUCCUACCACAUUCCUACCACAUUUAGGCUGAAAAUGGUCGCAAGCAAUACAAAAGUAUACAAACUUUGCAAGGCUAUAUUUUCCACAUUUUACAACAUUUCGCAACCAAAUGUUGUAAUUUUACUCAUUUUAGUAUGCUCUUUCUAGCUGUGGUGAUUUAUUUGCAUCUCCUUGCCUAGUUUUAAAAUUAGUCUAUAAUGGGAAUUGUCUGUUAUUCAUUGGUUGAAGUUCUCCAUAAAACAUUGCCUACAGUGAAUUAUCUUUAUUAGAUUGCAUAACACAUCAUCAGCCAUGUAUGCAAUUGUCUUAAGACCCAUUUCCACUCAAGAAAAUUUUCCACAGACAGAAAAUUUUCUGAAAAUAUCAUUGUUAAAAGUUGAAAAUUUUCAACUUCAAAAUUUUUUUCCGACAGAAAAUUUGUGUCAGCCAAUCACAUUUCACAAAAUUUUCUUUCUGCGGAAAAUUUUCCUGAGUGGAAAUGCGCCUUAACCUGUGCAUAUUUGGUGUUUUCAACAUUCUUUUGAGAGUAGCAGUACCUUAUAAAAUAUCAUUAUCUUCAAGCUGCUGUUCUAGGUUUACCUCCAGGAAACACUCAGCCUGUCAUGAUACAGCAAACAUCAAGUACUCAACCAGUACAGCGACGCCCUAUGGCUCAGUCGAUUGUACCACAAGGGAACAAGGUCAUUCCAAGUCCCUCUGCACCUGGGAACAAGGUAAUAGCAUACAAUGAAAUUCUGUGCAUACAUGCGCCUUUGGUUUCCUUGUGUAGUAACACUGGAACAGUAGCAGAUGAUUCUUACUGGACCUUUAGGAAGAACAGUUUAGAACUGAUAGAAUUAUUUAGUAUAAAUAAAAUUAGUUUAGUUUAGGUUUCCUCCUGUAGUAACACUGGAUCAAUAAGAGAUGAUCCUUACUGGUCCUCUGGGAAGAACAGUUUAGAACUAAUAGAGCGAUCCAGUAUAAAUAUAGAAAGUUUAGUUUAAGUUUCCUCCUGUAGUAACACUGGAUCAAUAAGAGACCAUUACUGUAUCUCUGGAGAGAACAGUUUAGAACUAUUCAGUAUAAAUAAAGUUCAGUUUAGUGAUGGAUUUACCUUAAGACAACUAUUGUAACAGCACAAAAUUGAACAUUCAUCAUUUUAGCCAAUGUACUUUACUACAACGUCAUCUUCAAACAAACUGAUUGCGAUAUCCGGCAACAGUGUGCCAAGGUUUGUUCAGAGCAUUGGAAACCUACCUCGGUUCCAGAUAGUCCCUCAACCAAGGAUAUCCCCACAGACCACCUUAAGACCCAUAGCACCAAGGAUGGCCACCGGCACUAGCACAGUGGUGAGACCACAAGUAACACAAAUUCAACUCAAGCCUGCCAAUACACCCAGGCCAGGAAAACAGGUACUGUAUCAUUGUGUGUUGUUGUGGCCUAGUUGUUACUGCAUAUGUCUUACAUGUGUCUUACAUGUGUCUUGCAUGUGUCUUGCAUGUGUCAUCUCUGUGUUCAAUUCCUGCAGUUGUCUGAUUAUAAUUUCACUUAUGUCGCUUGUGAGAAGAGUGUUUCCAGUUUGCUUCCACAUAAUGCUCAAUGGACAGUCUGGUUUCCUCCAGUUGUAAUACUGUACAAAAAAGGGUUAACCCUUACUGGACCUCUAAGAAGAACAGUUUAGAACUGAUAGAACAAUCCAAUAUAAAUAAAGUUAGUUUAGUUUAGGUUUCCUUCUGUAGUAACACUGGAUCAAUAAGAGAUGAUCCUUGCUGGACCUCUAGGAAGAACAGUUUAGAACUGAUAGAACAAUCCAAUAUAAAUAAAAUUAGUUUAGUUUAGGUUUCCUCCUGUAGUAACACUGGACCAAUAAGAGAUGAUCUUGGCACCUUGCUGGACCUCUAAGAAGAACGGUUUAGAACUGAUAGAGCAAUCCAGUUUAGUUUAGGUUUCCUCCUGUAGUAACAUUGAAUCAAUAAGAGAUGAUCCUUACUGGGACCUCUAGGAAGAACAGUUUAGAACUGAUAGAGCUAGCCAGUAUAAAUAAAGUUAGUUUAGUUUAGGUUUCCUCCUGUAGUAACACUGAAUCAAUAAGAGAUGAUCCUUACUGGGACCUCUAGGGAGAACAGUUUAGAACUGAUAGAGCUAUCCAGUAUAAAUAAAGUUAGUUUAGUUUAGGUUUCCUCCUGUAGUAACACUGGAUCAAUAUGAGAUGAUCCUUACUGGACCUCUAGGAAGAACAGUUUAGAACUGAUAGAGCUAUCCAGUAUACAUAAAGUUAGUUUAGUUAGGUUUCCUCCUGUAGUAACACUGGAUCAAUAUGAGAUGAUCCUUACUGGACCUCUAGGAAGAACAGUUUAGAACUGAUAGAGCUAUCCAGUAUACAUAAAGUUAGUUUAGUUUAGGUUUCCUCCUGUAGUAACACUGGAUCAAUAAGAGAUGAUCCUUACUGGACCUCUAGGAAGAACAGUUUAGAACUGAUAGAGCUAUCCAGUAUAAAUAAAGUUAGUUUAGUUUAGGUUUCCUCCUGUAGUAACACUGGAUCAAUAAGAGAUAAUUCUUACUGGACCUCUAGGAAGAACAGUUUAGAACUGAUAGAGCUAUCCAGUAUAAAUAAAAUGUAUAAAAUAGCUAGUUUUACUUUCAUGAAAUCAGGUUCUACCCAACCCAAGUCAACAAGCCACAGGUGUUGUUCAGCAGCGCGUUUUACUUCAAACCCACCCUGGUUCAACACAGCUCCGAGCCAUCGCACCCAAUCUUGGUAACCUACCACCUGGAGCAACCAUACAGCUCCCUCCUGGUACCAUCAUCAGAGAUGGUGUUGUUUAUGUACCACAGGUAAUGGAGAUUCUUUAUAAUUUAUAUUACUGCGUAUCAGUAAGCAUGACUCGCAAUCUAUUUAUUUGCCACCAAAUACAAGACUACAACGUAGAAUGUUGUAUACUCAAUGGACCUAUUCCUCAAUGAACAAAAUUUUGAUCUAGACAAGUCUAGACUAAAAUUUCACCACCGCUUGAAAGAGCAUCACAAAAUUAGUACUAUACCGAAGUUUCGUUGCGAAAUGUUGUAAAAUGCGGAUAAUAUAGCCUUGCGAAGUUUGCCGUUUUUCAGUCAUUUUGUAUUACGCACGGGAAAUUAAACCGCAUUCUGAAAAAAGGUAUCAAUUUCCCGCGCGUAAUACAAAAUGAUUGAAAAACGGCAAACUUCGCACGGCUAUAUUAUCCGCAUUUUACAACAUUUCGCAACGAAACUUCGUAAUAUUACUAAUUUUGUGAUGCUCUUUCAAGCUGUGAUGAAAUUUUUGUCUAGAUCAAAAUUUUGUUCAUUAGGGAAUAGGUUCACACAACACAGCUGUUCGUGUUCUAAGCAUUAUGAAUGUAUUACUUAUCUUUUGUUCAGCAAGUUCAAACUGCAGGGGCUACAACAAGUGGAGUACAAUUAUCAACAGCUGUUCAGAUAUCUCAAACAGUUAGCAGUACUGCCGAACCUGUCAAUGGGUAAGAUAUUCAAGAGCAAGUCAGACUGAAUGGAUGGUUCCAGCUAUAUAUAGACUAAAUUUUGAUCAAUGCAAGAAGAACGAAAUCCAACAGCUAGAAAGAGCGUCUUAGGGACCGGUCAUUAUUUAUGGUGGGGGGUGGCACCGAAGAGAAAUGUUUUUCGUGGCAAAAAUUUUGCUGACCCAACCAUUAAAAAGACAAAAAAUUGAUUACCCAACCUCAAAUAUAAAUUGAAAAAUAAUUACCCACCCCUGGCCAAAAACUACAAAAGGAUACCAUUCAGUUGUCACACAUGUCUUUUACCACUUCUAUGACAUGAGUUUGAUAACGGCUUGUGAAAUUUUCUGCAGUCUAAAGUUUCAUGUUGUCUGCACAUGCACUUUUUUGGAAACACCAUUUGUUUUGUUAAAAUGAUCAAGAUAGUGACUCUGAUUGAUUCACGUAUUGUAUUGACAAAUGACUGUUGACAUUGCUUUUCAGUCUCCAAUAUAUCAGUGGGUCAUGCUUUGGAAAUGACAAUAAAUUUUUAUUACCCAACCCUUGAGUUGUUUUGUUUUUCAUUUACCCAACUUUUUACUUACUCAAAAUUUUGAUUACCCAACCAUUUUCUCUUCGUUGCCACCCCCCGCCAUAAAUAAUGACCGCUCCCUUAGAAUGAGUAAAACUGCAAAGAUUGGUUUGCUAAAUGUUAUAAAAUGAAGAACAUAUAGCCCUGUGAAGUUCGCAAAUUUUGUAUAUAAUUUGCAUUACGCGCGAUAAAAUAUCCACUUCCGGCUCAAAAAUGAUUAUUUUUCCCGCGCGUAAUGCAAAUAUAUACAACAUUUGCGAACUUCACAGGGCUAUACUUUCCUCAUUUUACAACAAUUCGCAACCAAACUUCGCAAUUUUACUCAUUUUAAGACGCUCUUUCCAGCUAUGGUAAUGGAUUUCGUUUCUUCUUGUCUAGAUCAACAUUUCCUCUAUAUAGCUGCAAUCAUCUAUUUCAUGGGGAUGCAAAAACCCCUCCAAGUAUUCUCAACUUCUUUAUCAAAUCAAUUUUUGAAUGUGGAAGGCGAAAACAAAGAUGAAAUAAUAACAUGAUUGUGAAAUUGUCAAGCAGGAUCACAAACUAGUUCCUUGCUGUCCGUAACUCCUAGUGGCUACAUACUUGAUCAAUGUUUUCACGCUCAAUAAUGAACAAAGCCCAACCAUUUCUUCUUUGGCUGUAAAGCCCUGGGCAAACUAGGAAACAUUGUUGCGGAAACAUUGUUUCCUACCAAUGUUCCCCAGAGUGGACAAACACUAGGAAACAUUAGUGAGAAACAUAGGGAAACAUCAAAUGUUUCUGAAUUCGCUAGGAAACAUUUUUGCUUCUCGGGAAGCAAAUUUUGUUUCCGCAACAAUGUUUCCACGGGUGGGCAAACAGGGGAAACAUUUGAGGAAACAUCGAGAAUCACAAAUGUUUCCACAACAAUGUUUCCUAGUUUGCCCAGGGCUUAAGAAUAGAAGAUUUUCCUGAGCAAAGCCAAAGAUUUCUUUGAGCAAGUUUCAUUAUUUAUAAACAAUAAAAAAUGUUACCGUUUCUAGUGUCCCAGAUCCACCGUCUCCAACCAGACAGAGGAAGCCUUGUAAUUGUACAAAAUCUCAAUGUCUAAAACUGUAAGUAUUUUUUACAUCAAAAUGCCGAGGAUUCAUGGAAAGCAGUGAAAGAAACGACUUCAAUGACACUGCGCUAUAUUUUCUAGAUACUGCGAUUGUUUUGCAAAUGGUGAAUUCUGCAGCAACUGCAAUUGUAAUAAUUGUUCCAAUAAUAUUGACCAUGAAAAAGAGCGAAGUAAAGCAAUCAGGGUAGGCCAUCAUUCCUCUUUUAUUAUUUAAUAGUAGAUCCUAUAUGCAUAUCUUCGCAAUCUCUUUUUCAGGCCUGUUUGGGGCGAAAUCCUCACGCUUUUCACCCGAAAAUUGGCAAAGGAACGGGCGAGACGGAGCGGAGACAUAAUAAAGGUUCGUGAAGCAGCCAUCCUUAAUAAGAUUUUGUAGGAUAUCAGUACAACCCCCGGUUACUGUACCUUUUAGAGAGUACGACACGAGAUUUCCCAAGCAUUCGGCUCCGUUUACACGAGACCGGAACGAAGUCAAACUGGGACCAUUUCGUUUCGGUCAUAUAGUAUUAUUUAUAUAAAUAGAUGUUAUUAUAAUAGAUGAUAUAUCAUGGGCGUACGGGAAGGAAAAAAUUAGGGGGGCGGAAAGAAAUUUGCCCGACUUUUUCGGAUUGUGCCCGAGUUGUCAAAAAAAAAUUUCCGUCGACGGGAGGGGGGAAAGAGUGAUUACUAAAAAUUCCUAUUAGAUAGCAUUUUUCCCACAGAAUUGGCAGAAUUUCCCACAAAAUUGACAAAAUUUGUCCCAUUUAUUCUUACAAUAAGCCAAUAUUGCCCGACUGUGAAGCGAAUAUUGCCCGACUGGCUUUGUUUGCCCAACAAACUGGGGGGGGGGGGGGCUAUCCCGCCCGGUACGCCCAUGUGAUAUAUUAUUUAUAAAAUUGCCUGACAAGGGAAUUAAAUUGAAAAAUUUGUGAUUUCUGGUCUCAUGUAAACAUGUUGACAAUCUCAAUUUUCAUUCUGGUUUCACUUCGUCCAGGUCUCAUGUAAACGGGGCCUUAGACGAGUCACGCUCCUCUCUCCCCAAAUAUGCGAACCUCAGACUCUUCUCGAUUCUCACAGGCUGUCACUGCAAACGAUCUGGUUGUCUCAAGAAUUAUUGCGAAUGUUACGAGGUUGGUUUUGUUAGACUUGAUCACAAUUAGAUAUAAAGGCAAACCUUAUCCUGACUCCUGAGAGUACUUUACUCUGUUGUUUUUGUUAACUUUUGUUUUCGUAUCUUUUUCCACCAGGCAAAAAUCUUGUGUACGAAUAUUUGUAAAUGUACUGGUUGUAAAAACUUUGAAGAAAGUCCAGAAAGGAAAACUUUGAUGCACUUGGCAGAUGCAGCAGGUAUAUAACAUUGCUGGUGAUGAUGGUAGUGAUGAUGGUGGUGUGUUGUUGGUAGUGGUGAUGGUAGAGUAAUGAUGGUGGUAGUUAUGAUGGUGGUGUGUUGUUGGUAGUGGUGUUGUUGGUAGUGAUGAUGAUGAUGGUGAUGUGAUGGUGAUCAGCUGAUGGUAGAGUGAUGAUGAUGGUAGAGUAAUGUGAUGGUGGUCGUGAUGAUGAUGGUGAUGUGUUGUUGAUAGUGAUGAUGUAUGAUAAAUGAUGGUGAUCAUACAAGUCUUGUUAUUACUCAAUGUAGAAGUUCGAGUACAGCAACAAAAUGCGGCAAAGACGAAGUUAGAAUCUCAGAUGGAAGAUCUUCCUAGCAGAGCACCCAUACUUGCACAUGCUGGUGAAAAGUAAGAUUCUUUUCCAAUCAUAGCACGUUGAACACACUCUACUACGCGCUAGUGCUUACCCAUGUACACCAAACUUCACAACAGAUACUGACAGUACCUUUCUUCUUUCAGACUUCCGUUCUCUUUUGUAACUCUUGACGUUGUUGAGGCGACAUGCCGGUGUCUCCUUGUUCAAGCCUCAGCUGCUGAAAAGGUGAACUAAAUUUAUUUAAAAAAAAAUUAAAAAGCUCUGUCAGAAAGGGUGACUUUUAUCCAGAAAACCUGCGGUGUUUGGUAGAGUCAAAUGGACCUAUUCCCUAAUGAACAAAAUUUUGAUCUAGACAAGUCUAGACAAUCACUUCAUCACGGCUUGAAAGAGCAUCACAAAAUUAGUAAUAUUCCAAAGUUUCGUUACGAGACGUUGUAAAAUGCGGACAGUAUAGCCCUGCGAAGUUUGCCGUUUUUCAGUCAUUUUGUAUUACGCACGGGAAAUUGAAAAAAAGUAUCAAUUUCCCGUGCGUAAUACAAAAUGACUGAAAAACUGAAAACUUCGCAAGGAUAUAUUAUCCACAUUCUACAGCAUUUCGUAACGAAACUUUGGAAUAUUACUAUAUUUUUGUGAUGCUUUUUCAAGCUGUGAUGAAAUUUUUGUCUAGACUUGUUGAGAUCAAAAUUUUAGGCAAAAGGUCAUUGCAUAUUGCAGGAAUGCAACUCUAUGGUUCCACGAACUCCUGGACCGCCAAUACCUCGUACUAUAUAAUUUUAUUUUCAUUCUUCCUUUCCUAGAAAAAUACGUCACGGACAGAUAUUCAGAAGUUAGUUUUGGAGGAAUUUGGAAAUUGUUUAUUAAAGAUAAUACAUGCAGCAAACAAUUAAUAGUGGUGAGAGAUAUCAACCAUUCUCGUCAAUAAACCUUAUGCAUUAUGAAGUCACAAGACUUGAUGUCCGCGAGGAAUGCUGGUCUUAGUAGUCAUCGCCCGGGAAAAUUAAACAAUUCAAAAUGGCCACUAUCGAAAUUUUCCCGCGCAAUGACUACUAAGACCAGCAUUCCUUGCGGGCAUCAAGCCUUGUGACGUCAUUAUGCAUAAGGUCUAUUUAUUCAACUGGACGGUACAUGUACCUGCUUGCAACAACCAGGGUGUUCACGGACCUUGAAAAUCCUGGAAAGUCCUUCAAUUGGAAGAAAAAUAUUCCAGGACUGGAAAGUCCUUGAAAAUCGGUAGAAGUCCUUGAAAGUCCUGGAAUGAAUUUCCUUAACCUCCAGUUGUGCCAACAUUACUGAAUAAAGUUAAUAAUAUACGGCAAAUCCGUGCCAUUUUCAAAGCUUUUCCCAGUUCUAUACGUCCUUGAAUUUACUGAAAAUGGGCCUGGAAAAGUCCUUGAAUUUCACCUUCACCAAAGGGUGGACACCACCGUAAAUAACUCUGAUGUGUUCUCUUGUCUUUUUCAGCGAACUGACCUCGUUAUGAUGAACAUCUUGCAUUCAGUGAACACACAGACAACCGCACAUUAGAUUUGUAAAUAUCAUCAAAGACACUUCAAAUCGUCCUGUGUUCGCCACGUUUAUAUUAUUACAGAAACGUCGACGGUGUGAACCAGGCUUUUAGCCAGAGUGUCCAAACUGCCCGUCCAAAAAAUACCGUGGGUGUGACAACCUAUUUUCAUGAACAUGGUCAAAAAACAUGGGGCUUGAAUCAGUGCUCAUAUAUGUACCACAGAAUAAAGACAUACAGAAGUGUAUCUUCUUAUUAAAAGUGCGUAAGGGAUUUUUUCAGUCCGCCAUGUUCUUAGCAAGUACCCUAAAUGGAGGCAGUCACCCCCCUGAAAACAUAUUGAAAAUUUAAUAUUCCAGGGGGGUGAAUGCCUCUCUUUAGGGCAGUUGCUAAGAACAUGGCCGCCAGCUAUUUCGGUAAAAAAGCGCCUUACGGUUUUGUAAUGGAAGUUACACUUCUGUAUGUCUUUAUUCUGUGUAUAUACUCCUAAUUCAGCGUCUUUUCUUGUGGAGCAAUAGUAUUCCAAAGGUCUUAGGUUCGAUUUCCACCGUGGCCGGGCAUGUUUUUCAAGCUCGCCCGGUGUGGAUAUACACUCAGAGUAACAUCACAAACAUUACAUAUUCACCUGAGUACACAACACCAACACAGAAAAAAAGAUAAACAACAGCUGACAACUUUUUAUAUUAGGAAUUCACGAAAUAUCAAGGCUUGCGAGUUGCUGUUCAAUGAAAACAUUUUCUUAGGCCGUCCAUGGCCGUCUAAUUUUAAAAGUGGCCGUCUUAUUUUAAAAGUGACGGUUGGACGGCCGCCUGGUUAAAUGCCUGGCGCGAACCAGAGUUCACACUGUCACACACAUUUUGUUGAUUUGUUCCAACUUUAAAAAUGUAACCUGUCGUACAUUUUGACAUAAAAUAUAUCCCAUGCGAAUCGCAUGAACAGUAGCAACGUCAUUUUAGAUAGUUUUUGUUGGCGGCAAUAAACGUAAACAUAAACAAUUGUAUAUAUAUAUAUAGUCAUAGACUUGAAUAAAAUUAAAGUUUUACACAUGAAAAUUGUUCAAUACUUUUUCUACGCCUAUAUAUAGUUCAGUAAUUUUAGCUCAUUUUAAGGCCAAGGUUGGAAAAAAUAGUAAAAAGCUAAAAUUUGUUAGAUGCAAUAAUUUAACUAUCCUGAACAAUAUACUAAGUCCCCAUGUAUCCUCUUGGAGCUUUUUCCAUUAUGACAAGCCUUUUUUCGAUUCUAUUACUCCCAUAUUGUUAAAAAACGUGAAAUUUCAAGUUCACUCAUAACAAAAAUGACUCGCAUCACUAGAAAGCUCAUAAAAACUAUACAUAUAAGACAUUUAAACAGUCACCUAAAUUUUUCAAGCGGUUUUCGAGUUAUUGCUGUUCCAAAUGUGUCAAAUAGGCCAAAAUCUGACAAAAAUCCUGGAUACUAGUCUGACAACACGUUUCCAACAGCUCAUAACUCAAGAAGAACUUGCAAAAUCAAGGUAGCCGUUUAAAUGUCUUAUAUGUAGUUUUUUGUAAGUUUUCUGAUGAUGUAACUUAUUUUUCCUAUAAAUGAAUCUGAAAUUUCACUUUUUUUAACAAUAUAGGAGUUCACUAGGGAAAUCGAACAAAAAACUUAAUGGAGAAAGCUCCAAGAGGAUACGUGAGGGCUUUUAGUAUGUUAUCAAGGUUGCUGAAGAGAGUGCAUACGCUAAUUUUUGUCUUACUAAUUUUUUCUGAUCUAUUUUCUAUUUUGAUUGUACUAUAUACCGUCUUUUAACACGAGCUGUCCCUCUAACCACAGAUUAUAGAGAUUGCAAUCCUGUAAUCUGUGCCCUGACACAAUUCCUUCACCACGUAGUCGACUCGUAGACAGUUCGUUCUCUUGCUGGUUACAUACAUGUAGUCUGCGCUUUCAGACUUCGGCUUGCCCUUGGGUUAGUAGUCGUUGAUAAAGCGGACCUGUUUACAAUUACAGUACGCAUAAUUUUGGUACCUAUACCAUUUUUGUCCGGACUACCUAUUUACAAAGGCUGAGCACAGAUAAAUUUGAUACGGGUAUAGCAGUUUCAUCUGCGCCGUACCAAAAAUUGAGCGUAGUGUAAAGGAAAUCGUCUUUAUUUAUAAACUAUACACCAGUAUAUGUGUGUUUUGGUCAAACAAAAAUAGAUGGAUUUCACAAAGAGUACACACGUAAAAAUCCCACAACUUGUCAACAAGAUGUGUUCGCAACAGGCUUGUAGCAAGCUUGUCAACAAGUUGUAACAAUGCUGUUAUUUUAUCAAGUUGCUACAAGGUUGUCAUUCACAACUUGCUGACAAAUUGUUGAAUUGCAGGACGAUAACAAAUUGUUUGAACAACUUGUAACAAGUCUGUCGAGCUCAUCAACCUUGUAGCAAGUUGUCAACAAGCCGUUCACAACUUGUCAACAAGCUGGGAAUAAGCAGUGCGAACACAUCCUGUUGACAAGUUGUUGAAUUGCAGGACGAUAACAAAUUGUUUGAACAACUUGUAACAAGUCUGUCGAGCUCAUCAACCUUGUAGUAAGUUGUCAACAAGCCGUUAACAACUUGUCAACAAGCUGGGAACAAGCAGUGCGAACACAUCCUGUUGACAAGUUGUUGGAACAGCCAUGCAUUGCUACAAGUCUGCUGCAGGUUUGUUACAACUUGUGCGUUAAUAUGUUAUUACGUGUGUAGUCUUCGAACCCAGACGAGCUGUAUUUGUCUGACUAAACCUUUUACAUUUAUAUAUCAAACUUUCCCAUUUUCAGUAGCGUUAUUUUCCUCUCCAUUUAAAGCUUUCCACAAACCAUAUGUUUUUCCUACAGUGUUUUGCCAUAAUCUUAGCGUUCCAUCCUCCGAGCCCGACGCAUAUAGCUCCCCAUCUGGCGAGAAACGGACACAAUGCACUGGACCAAAAUGGCCUUUGUAUGAUUC